GUCAACGAACGUAGAGCCGAUGAAGAACGUGCAAUCGAGCAGCAAAUGAAUGCCCACAUGAGAGCGGUGCAACGAGCAGCUUCAGAAGCGCGGAAGGAAUGGUUUCAAGGCAGCGAGAUAGUGGAGGAUCGAGCCAAAGUUGUUGCGGAAGAUCGUCUUGACCGGCGUGUCCCGUUCGCCGUGAUGUACGACGCAUUUGACGGAAAGCCGCGCAGCGUUUCAAUGAGGCCACAUUUCUUAAGAUUGGUUGGAGUUCGUCAUCUAUUAGUGGUAUUUCAUCUCCUUGUCGUUCUCGCAUUCGCAAAUCAUGCAUUGCAUUUACCUCGAGAGGAACAACAGCUGCAUUCCUAGCUUUCACUUUGACUUUCCCAAUUUAUAUUACAGCCCUGACCACAUCCCUCAUUCUCAUCGGAUAACUUAAAGCAUGACUACCAAUAACCUCGUCUGUGAGACUCGGCUUCCCAAAACUCCAGGAAGUUGAAGAUCUUUUUUACCUUCUUCGUGCAGCAGCUUGAUGAUCUCUAACCUGCAAAGACGGAGAUGAUCGUUACAAACCAGUCAGCAUCGAGACAGAGCGGGAGAAGCGCCUGGACAAGGAAAAGGAGAGAAUUCAGCAUAUGCUGAAGAGCGGAGGUGGCGGCAUGCAACUGAAGCUGCACAAAGAGGCGACCAGUCCCGAAAAAGCUGGUAAGUUCGCAGGCGCGCAUGGUCCUAGGAUCCACAGCAGAAUGGACAGGCUUGUCCAAAUGCAGAAAGGCAGAUCGGUAAAAUGUUUCUUGUUCUUCUCUUUGCUUCUUUCCUGGUCCAGCACCGAUAUUAUGUAUGACGUCGGAGGCGAGGAGCAGGUGCCUGUGGGGCUCGUUGUGAAGGAUCCAUAACCUAACCUAACCUAGUUGUACUAGUAUCUAGCUGUCGUAGUUUUACUUACUUCUAAACUAAAAGUCCUGGUGCCAACCCCAACAUUUCUAUCUACAACUACAGGAAUCCGCCAGCAGACUGGAUUUUUCGCCUGCUGCUAAGAGGCAAGCUGCAGAUUUGCGGUUUCGACUUAGGCGUGAGCAAAGACUGCAGGGGACGGGCCAAAACGAGCACAACAGGGAAUUUCAAAAGAUGCUGCGUGACGCGGGAUUGACGUAAAAAGAUUCUGCGAGAAGCAGGAUUGACGCAAUUUAGGAAGAACAAAAAAGAUACUUGGUUAUGAUCAUGUAAGCUUGAGCAGCUGGAGAAAGAUCAAAAAUACUAUCCAAGAUGGAAUGGAGGACUGAGCACACAGACACAAUCUGAAAUGUAACGGUAAUUGCAGAAAAAAAAGGACGGAUGUACAGCAUAUUAUUUAUCGCACUAGAGUUUGACUUAGAUUCUUCACAGCAUCAGCAUACACGAUAAAUAUAUCGGACAUAACUAUCGCAUACACAUCACUUUUACAAAGACAUUAUCAACAUUUAAAGUAAAACAGCAAGUACUAAUGCUAAUCUGAAAAUAUUGUCAAACUCAAAGUAACUGCAUGCACUAUGAAAAAGCGAGAAGAACAGUUUUGAAAAAUUCAAUGAAAUAUUCGAGAAUUAUUCUGCAACAUAUCGGCAUCCGGUAAACCAUUAUUUUGCACAUUAUUCUCUUCAUGAGUAAGAAGAAAUCUGUAUCAAUGAUAACUCCACUGGUUUUAUUGGAAUUCGUUGUAUAUAAUUCGUUUGAUGUCAAGAAAUAGAGCUUCACUACAUGGAUCGUGACAAAUUUUUGUAACAUUGAUUAUCUUCAGCUAAAACAUCGUAAUUCUUAAUCUGGUAAGUAGUAACGUGGAAUUCUCAACUAUUCAUCUUGGAUUUGUGUUGAUAGACUAUGGCAAGC